AUGAAGCUCACUGUCUCCCUCAGCUUCCUCACCCUCAUUUUGGGGUUAGCCUUAGCCCAACAAGACUUCCCGGAAUGCACUCAGGACCUGCUCCGAACAGACGAGUGCGCCGCUGUAGUCAACCCGACGGCCUGCUACAACCAGUUCCGGUGGAGCGCUCGCACCCUGGGGUGCAUUGACGGGACGGACGACGCAGAUAGGAAGAGAAAGGCGUGCAAAUGCUGCAGUUGUGUCGGAACCGUCAUGUGCAACUGGGUGCGGCAGAACCGCUUCUGUUAG